AUGGUGGUGUUUUCAAAAGGGGAAAGGUGUGAUGGUCAUAGAGACUGCACUUUUGGUGAAGAUGAAAAUAAUUGUACAUACUGUAUGGACGAAGAACAUCAUUGUGGGGGUAAGGUGUGUAUUCCAUUAGAGCGUAUUUGUGAUGCUAUAGAAGAUUGUCAAGAUAAAUCAGAUGAGGCUAAUUGUGGUAUACAAGUGAAUGUAAAAAAUUCAGUAGAGGAAGUAUUCGAGGGUGAAACUGUGAGGUUUUUAUGUGAAGCUACUGUCAAGUUGGACCAUAUUCCAUAUGAAAUAAAAUGGAGUAAGCAGGAAGAGAACAUGGAAAAGCCAAAAAAUACAGAAGGAGGUACACUGGUGAUCAGGGAAGCAAAAAUUAGCGAUUCUGGGGUUUAUGUGUGUACAGGCAGUAACUCUAUCUCUGUUGAUACAGAUAAUGCUAAGCUGAUUGUUAAUGAAAGAUGUCCAGGGUGUCCAGGUUUAAGUUUGAUUCCAUGUAUAAAUGAUAUAUUUCAGGAUGUCCAG